AUGGCUCCCUCGGCCAUCGCUACGCUGGAGCGUCCCGCCGACGCCGCGGCGCCCGUCGGCAACUUUUCCGGCUACGACCACGUCACCUGGUGGGUGGGCAACGCCAAGCAGGCCGCGUCGUACUACACGACGCUCUUUGGCUUCCACAUCGAGGCCUACAGCGGCCUCGAGACGGGCUCGCGCUUCUUCGCCUCGUACGUCGUCUCCAACAACGACGUGCGCUUCGUCUUCACCUCGCCGCUGCGCUCGGCCGCGCACCUGCCCGCCGACGAGACCAUCAGCAGGGAGGACAAGCAGCUGCUGGCCGACGUCUACGCGCACAUGGAGCGCCACGGCGACGCCGUCAAGGACGUGGCCUUUGAGGUGGACAAUGUCGCCGCCGUCUACGAGAGCGCCGUCAAGGGCGGCGCCGUCGCCGUCCAGCCGCCGCGCACCGUCACCGACGACGAGCACGGCAGCGUCACCACCGCCGUCAUCCGCACCUACGGCGACACCACCCACACCCUCAUCAGCCGCGCCGGCUACACGGGCGUCUUCAUGCCCGGCUUCCGCGCCGGCAAGCCCUCGACCAGCGUCGUCGCCGCGCCCGCCGUCCCGCUCGCCCGCAUCGACCACUGCGUCGGCAACCAGGACUGGGACGAGAUGAACGACGCGUGCAAGUUCUACGAGUCGGCCCUCUCCUUCCACCGCUUCUGGUCCGUCGACGACAACCAGAUCAGCACCGAGUUCUCGGCCCUCUCCUCCAUCGUCAUGGCCUCGCCCAACAACGUCGUCAAGAUGCCCAUCAACGAGCCCGCCCCCGGCAAGAAGAAGUCGCAGAUUGAAGAGUACGUCGUCUUCAACUCGGGCGCCGGCGUCCAGCACAUUGCCCUCCUCACCCCCGACAUCAUCACCGCCGUCACCGCCCUGCGCGCCCGCGGCGUCGAGUUCAUCAACGUCCCCGAGACCUACUACGACACCAUGCGCAUGCGCCUCAAGACCGAGAAGCGCAACUGGGAGCUCAAGGAGGACCUCGACACCAUCCAGCGCCUCAACAUCCUCAUCGACUACGACGAGGGCGGCUACCUGCUCCAGCUCUUCACCAAGCCCCUCAUGGACCGCCCCACCGUCUUCAUCGAGAUCAUCCAGCGCAACGACUUUGAGGGCUUCGGCGCCGGCAACUUCAAGAGCCUGUUCGAGGCCAUUGAGCGUGAGCAGGCCGAGCGUGGCAACCUGUAA